AUUUACAGUUACCGUUAUUGUUCUCGAAGGCCAAGUCAGGAGAAAUGUUUAAUGCAGUUGAAAAAUCACUUAGCAAUAAGCAAAACAGCUUAAGUCGUGUCAUCGAUCUUGACGAGGUCGCCAUCGAUUCCGCACCUUUCCAACUCGUUUUAGGAUCAUCACUCUAUAAAGUGCAUACAUUAUUCUCAUUGCUUGGCCUUUCCCAUGCAUAUGUCACUGACUGUGGACGUUUGGUUGGCGUCAUAGCGUUGAAAGAGUUACGAAAUGCGUUAGCAAAUAUUUAUAUAAGAGGAGCAGUGCCAGUAAAAGUUGAUCGAAAAUUAACAUCAAGCGGUUAUUUCGUGCCAAAAUUAUUCAAAGACAGUUUACUUCGUCAGGAAGAGGAAUUUGAUAACUUAAACUAA